AUGUCACAAGACCCAUUAACGAAAGUUCCCUUCGAGGAACCCUCAUGGCUCGUCGGCCUUCCAAACCCGCUCUACAAAGAAACGCACAUCAGAUUCCAAAAAGCAGCGCGAGCAUGGUUCGAAGAAAACUUUCUCCCAUACUGCAUGGAAUGGGAAAACGCUGGCGAACUCCCCAAAGACCUCUUCGACAAGUUCAACCAAUACAACAUGCUUCUACCCAAUCUCGCACCACCUCUUCCCGUCGAAUGGCUACACAAGAGCGGCGUUAAGGAUAUUCUGGGUACGCCUAUAGAAGAGUGGGAUUACAUUCACACUGCGAUCUGGGUUGAUGAGAUCCAUCGAAGUGGGUUGGCAGGACCGAGCUCGGGAUUGACUGCUGGGUUUGCGUAUGGUAUUCCUCCGAUCAUCAAGUACGGGUCGAGACAGCUGCAAGAGAGGUUUCUGCCGGACUUUUUGACCGGGAAGAAGAGGACAUGCAUUGCUAUUACGGAGCCUUCUGGAGGCAGUGAUGUUGCGAAUGUAGAGACUACUGCGGAGAAGUCGAAGGAUGGUAAACACUAUAUCCUCAACGGCACGAAGAAGUGGAUCACAAACGCUAUCUGGUCAGACUACACAACCAUGGCUGUGAGAACAGGCGGUGGUGGAGCUGCGGGUCUCAGUUUACUUGUGGUUCCGCUCAAGGUCGAAGGCGUCGAAAUGAGAAGAUUGCACUGCACUGGUUCGAAGACGGGCGGCACGACAUUCAUCGAACUGGAGGACGUCAAGGUACCUGUGGAGAACCUGAUUGGAGAGGAAGGACGCGGCAUGUUCUACGUGAUGAACAACUUCAACCACGAGCGUCUUUUGAUCGCUUUGGGCGUCGCUCGAACGUCCCGUGUAUGUCUUUCGACCGCCAUGGGCUACGUUAUGAAGCGAGAGGCGUUUGGCAAGCCUCUGGUGGAACAGCCUGUCGUUCGUCACAGACUGGCGAAGGCUGGUGCUGAGUUGGAGAUGCUGCAGGCUUGGCUGGAUCAGUUCUUGUGGCAGAUGGUGCAUUUGCCAAAGCAGGAUGCGGACAAGAGACUGGGUGGAUUGACGGCGCUGGUGAAGGCCAAGGCUGGUAUGGUGUUGAACGAGUGCGCGCAGAACGCUGUGUUGCUAUUCGGUGGAAAUGGCUUCACUCAAACUGGCCAGGGCGAGCUUGUCGAGCAUGUAUACCGCGAUGUGAUGGGCUCAAGAAUCCCAGGAGGUGCGGAGGACGUUAUGCUGGAUCUUUCGAUUCGACAACUUGUCAAGAACUAUCAAAGGGCUACGGAGGAGCUGGAGAAGAGUGACGGUAGCAAGUCCAGGUUGUAA